UCCCUGUUCAGGAGCAGUCUACCCGCAGCUAGGAAGCAGGCAGAAACCGGGAAGGGCUUUUUCUUGCUAUAUAUGCCAUUGCUUUGGGUUUUCUCUCUCUCUCUCUCUCUCUCUUACACACACACACUUUGCUUCCUUUGCCCACCAGGGCAAAUCUUCUCCCCUGCAAUUCCACCUCUUCCCCACCAGAUGGCAGCCUCUGCAGCCGCUCUCCUCCGCGCCGGGGCCUUGACGCCGAUUGGCCUUGCGCCAGGCAAAGGGGCGGAGAAAGAAGCGAUUGGCUGACGGACCAGGCACCGAAGAUAGAGCCAAGAAGAAAAUAGAGCAGCCCCUCUACCCCGUGACGUCAACCGGAAGUGCGCCCUUCCCCGUCUCCGCGCAGUAGGCACUCCAUCGGCUGCUAUCAUAGAGGCACGGGAGGCUAGAUCGGCACACGAUUUUUUUUCCCCCUCUCCCGCGCUAUCGCCGGAAGUUCCGGCUACCUCUCCGGGGAGGGGAAGGCCCUUCGGACAAUGGGACCAUAGAGCAGUCAGGGAGCGGGAGUGGUCCGGCCGAGGGGGGCCGCUCUAUGGGGCUGGGAGCCGCCAUGCUCUAUGAUGCGUGCGGGGGCCGCAGCCGCAGAAGCGCCGCGGAGGCCCAGCAGCUGCAAGGCCAGUCAGUGCUGAGCGGUUUCUGGAGCCAGGUCCUUCUGAUCAUCCUGUCCAGGGAGGCCUCGGUUGUAGUCGGGAUUUGGGGUGCCCACUCUGCUACCUCCAGAUCUCUCAUGGCGCUGAAGGCGGAGACCCCCUUGACGGACUACUCCGAGGUCUCCUCAGCCAUCUCCCGCUUCAAGGAGAAGGAGAAGUUGGCUGCUGAUUCCCGGAUCCUCCACCGCCCCUCAGCGAAGCAGGAUGGAGCGCUUGUAAACCCCGUGGGCAAAGGAAAACACCCAGUUUCAGAGUCCGCCGGCCGGGAAGAGCUUGGGAACUCCUGGAAACAGGAAUAUUUGGUGGCCGAGAAUCCGGACGACGGCCGGCUGGUGUGCAUGGUGUGCGGGGGCCUCUUGGCCAGGUCCGGCCCGGCGGCAGCCCGCCAACACAUCCUGCAACACCACGCCCACUCGCUGGACUUCACGCUGGAGGAGAAACACAACAUCCUGGAGGGCUGGAGCGAAGGGGCUGUCCUGCCCGAAAAAGAGUCGCCCCCUUCCUCUGCAGGCGGUCCUGGCGAGAACCAGCAGCCUGCCGAGAUCGAAGUCCUCCUUGAUUUGGAGGAACAGCCCGUGGGCCGGAAGCGCGGGCCCGUCCCAGCACACCGCGCAGAGAGUUUGCACUUAGACGCUGAAAGGCGGCUUCCCGUUCGACAGAGGCCACCAGCCAAGGAUCCGAGGGGUCAGGAGCCCAUUGAGGCUGCAGGAAAGGAGUGGCUUUCGGAAUGCGGGCUUCCCGGUUCGGCCCCUGCAGAAAUCCGGAUUUUCACCGACGGGUCCUUCCCCGCUGGAUUCACCCUGAAGCUGUACUGCCGUUCUCAGCCAGAACCUUCACCAGGCUCCGGAGCUAAGGCAAACCCAAGGAAAAAAACAGUGGAUCGUGACUGCUCCGUCUCCCUCCUGCGCCUUCACUCCAGGGACGCCGCCGGCCGCCUGCACCCAAGCCCAGACCCCCUUGCGCCCCCUUGCCCGCUAGGCAGCUCGGCCGACCGCUGCCCCAAAGACUGUGGGGCGGUUCGGGGAGCGGGCCGACGGGCGGCUCCCACCGGCAAGGAGGCCUCCACGCCCCUGGGGAAGGGCUUCAACCCCACGUGGCGCGCCCGCUUCCUGGUGGACUUUGACGCGGCCACCGGCCACCUGGUGUGCAUGGUGUGCGAGUACCCCUUGCGACGCAUCUGCCUGGCCACCGUCAAGCAACACAUCCUGCAGUGCCACGCCGAGACGCUGCAGAUGCCGCGGGAGGUCCGGCGCACCAUCCUGGAAGUCUGGGAGAAUCGGAGCCAGCCUUCCACCCAGGUCCAGAGGAAGUGAGACGGGCUGGCGGGUUCUCCCAAACCGCGAGAAAGGGUUAAAAGAGACCAAAUUCUGGACCAGGCGGGCCUAGGGGGCGGAACUUGAGGGAAGGAGGCUCCACCCCUCCUCGGAAGCCCCGCCCCAAGGCUAUACACUCACAUCUCCCUUGCUGGAGAACAGAGCGGAUUCUGAGCUGACCCUGCUGCCAUUUUUUCCAUUUUAAGACUCUGAAUUCUGCUUUUUUUAAAAAAAAAAAAUAGAAUUUUUUUUUUAAUUUGUUUUGGUUUUCAACUUUGCUUUUCAGUUCUAAGCAGAAGCAGCUCUGAUUUCUCUCUGGCCCCAGCCUGUUCCCUGCCUCUUUUUUUUCUCUCUCUCUCUCUCUCUCACCAAUAAAAUUCCUCACUGCAGCAGAGAAAAGAAACGGAGAAUGAAGCCACUGCUAAAUCAGGGAGGAGAGAUGAGAGACUUUGGCACUGCCUCCUCUUUAUUCAGGAGCAGUUUAUUUUAAAAAAAAAAGAAGAAGAAAAAAAAGAAAAACUCAGGGGGAAAUCUUUUUUUUUUUUUUUUGAGUUGCAGUUGAUGUCUGUCCCCACCCAAAAAGUUGCAGGAAGAAAUAAGACACCCUCAUUGCUAGGACUGCCAUUUUGCAGCCAGAUCUUUUCGUCGCCAGCGUUUCUGCGUUUCUGCAAUUAAUUGGACCUUGUGCUUUGGCUUCCUGAUUUAACCAGAGGAUAGAAAAUAUCAGCCUGGGCCUUCAAACCGAUUCAUAAGCCACAGGGAGCAGCAAAGUAUGUUUUAUGUUCUGCAGGCGGCUUUUUUAUUUUUAUUUUUUUUAUAAACAUCUCCUGUCUAUGUACCUUUUGAGUUCUGUGUUCCGAUCACCACUUCGCUUGUACUCCUGCAGACAAAAAAAAGGGGGGAUUUCUCUUUUGUUACCAUUCUUGAGCAGAGAAAAGUAGCCGCAUCUAAAAACUUGUGCUGUGCUAUCCCCUCUUUUUGCUUUUAUGGUUUUGCGUCUGGCCCACAAUGCUGGCUUUGAACACCCUGGCUUUGAAAACAAGCAUGUGAAGAAGCAGUAAUCUCUGUGUGUGCCUUUAUUCUCCAGGUGUCAGGCAGCAGUUCAACAGGUGCAAGCAGGAGUGCCCAGUAAGUCCUUGGUUUAGAAAAAAAAAAAAAAAGCACUCAUUUCUUUAUUGAGGAGGUGGAUGGAUGUUAAUUGCUGUAGAUGAAAGCAGGUUUAUAGAACUGAGUUGAAUCUUAAAGUAGAAGUGUCCUCUCUUAUUCCGGGAAAAGGAUCGUUAGUGCUGCUGCUAAUUAUAAUAAAACCACUUAAAAUCUUCUUUUUC